AUGGGGGAGUCACCGAAUUUCGUAUUUCCACAAAGAGGGCUGCCGGACAGCACUAAACAUUCACCACAUCCUUCGUCAUCACUCAGCAGUGAAAGAGACAAGACCAGUGACACUUUUCUUUCAAACAACGCAGUGAGGCCAAGACUCGCCGUGAGGACUAGAUCAAGGGAAGGCCAACGCGUGAGCGGAUAUACAUCUUCAGUGCCAGAAGUUUCGUGGACCCAGCGGCCUCAACCCCAAGGCAUCUGUUCCACGCCUCCAGACUCGCCAAUUAGAGCGCGUGCAUAUACAAUGGGUGCAGAUAACACCACCACCAACAAUUCCAACAUGGACAAGGCCCCGUUUGAGGCAACUCCAUUAUCGCCGCCGUUGACACCGACCCAGGCAAAACACAAAUCCUCAAACUCAGACGUCAGUCUCAAAACCCCGACAAAGCCACACACCCACCUUUCACCACAACCCGAAGAUACAGGAACAACCGUCUUCCCAUAUUGGACUACCGACUACGAAAUCGUAACCACAGGCCCAAAAGCCAUCAAGAAAGUGCUAGGCAGCGGCGUAUGGUCAGACGUCUACCACGCCCUUCCAACACCUCCAAGCCCAUCCUCCUCCCUACUGUCUUCAUCAAAAGAAAGUGAGACGACAUCACGCCCCCCAACACCCCCAUCCAGCUCCUCGAGCACAUCCCAACACCUGCCUUCCGCCUACGCAAUCAAAUCCCCCUCCUCACAAUCCGCCCGCAGCGUCCUCGCCCAUGAAGCACACAUCCUCUCGUACCUAACGCGCUUCCCUACCUCAUCAUCGUUCAUAGUCCCGUUCUACGGGCAUGACCCAAGGUCUGACGCGCUGGUUCUCAAACUCAUCGGCGGCGGGACGCUAGAAUCAUGGAUUGAGACGUCACUAAACGCACUCCCCGAGCCAGAACGAGCUGUUGCGCUAGCAAAGCAAUUCCCAGGAUUAGCAACCCAACUCCUAUCUGCGCUUGAGUGGCUGAGGAGUGUCGGUUGUGUGCACGGGGACGUGAAACCCGGGAACAUCCUCGUCGAUGCUCCUUCUCCUCCCACCUCUUCUUCCCCCUCGUUCCUGCUCACGGAUUUCUCAUCCUCUACACUGACUUCCCUUCCCACUUCUACUUCGUCCCCGGCACCGCCGCUGGGAGGAGGGACGUGGGAUUUCCUCUCGCCCUCGCUGCUCGCCCUCCCCUCUUCAUCCUCUUCGCAUACAGCGUCUCACGACGACGAUCUCUGGGCUACGGCCCUCACGCUCCUCAUCACCGUUGUUGGCAUCUCGCCGUUCGCGUUUGUCGGGAGGAAUGUAUUCCAGAGACGCGAGUGUGUUCGAAAAGGGGAUCCGGUUGGCUUCGUGGGGUUUGGAGACUUUGGCGGGAGGGGCGUCGGACGCUUGAGAGCGCUGGGGGCGGCGUUGAGCGAAGCGCAGGGGAAGAAAGUGGAUAUUAUUCAAUGGUUCCGGCGGGUCCUCGUCAGGGACGAUGAGAAGAGGGUCCGUGGCGCUGGGGUUUGGUUGGAGGCGUUGGUGGGGUGCUGA